AUGUCCACUGUAGUGGGUGCCGUCGGUCCCUUUGAGGGAAAUCAAGAGGAGUGGAUGCAUUACGUGGAGCGCGUGAAGUUCUUCUGCGUAGCCAACGGGAUCACUGACACAGAGCGCAAGAAGGCGGUAUUGUUGAGCGUAUGUGGAGUGCAAACGUAUAAGCUGAUUCGCAACCUGUUGGCGCCUGGCAAGCCGGAAGACGCGGAGUAUGACGACAUCGUAGCAAAGGUCAAAGAUCACGUGAACCCGAAGCCGUCCACUGUUGUUCAACGCUUCCGCUUCAACAGUAGAUCACAGAAGCCAGGGGAAUCAGUAGUGCAGUUUAUGGCUGAACUGCGCCGUUUUUCCACGGAUUGUGACUUUGGAGACACACUAGCUGACAUGCUAAGGGACAGGUUGGUGUGCGGAGUGAGUGAUGGGAGGAUCCAACGGAGACUGCUGCAAGAAAAGGAACUCACGUUUGACAAAGCACUGAGUUUAGCCAGAGCGAUGGAGACAGCUGCACUGAAUGCAGAGGAGAUUCAGAGACCGACUGGUGACAGCGUAGAAGGAGAGGUACACAAAAUGCAGGAAACCAAGCCCAGUCUACCUAAGAUGAAGUGUUUCCGGUGCCUUGGAUUCCACCCACCAAACAGUUGUUAUGCUCAGAGGAUGCAGUGCCAUAAGUGCAAGAAGGUUGGACACCUCGCUCGAGCAUGUCGAGGCCAGCGACAGCCAGGCCAGGCAAGGAAUGAAAUAGCUGCCCAAUCUCCUGUGACGAAAACACAUCGAGUUGAAACCACACCUACUACACCCCUUCCCCCUAAGCCUUUGAACAUCUACUUUUAA